GUCUUCACUGACAUAAAUAACUGUCACUGUCACUUUGACAAAUACUUUCUAGUAAACAAAUUGGGACUAAAGGGCCUUUAAAAAACCUUAUUUAUAGAGAAUUUUCCAUAAAUACGAACUAAAUCACAUAAUUAACAAAAUGAGUACGUAUGAAAUAAGUAAAUCAUCGCUCCUCAGCUUGAAAGCGGAGAUUUUGCGAAAACAGCAAGAACUCGCGAAAGCCAAGGUUGAGAAUGAGGUCAAAAUCAGGCAAAUUAAAAAGAACACUCCUCUUGACCUAAAGAACAAAGGCAUUGAGCAGAGACAGGCCCAAGAUCUUAGUGAGGAGGACCAAAAUUUGCUGAAAAAGUCCAGAGAGGCCCUGGAGGCAAAAACUCGACUUUACGACAAACUCUCAAAAGGUGCUUCACGACUUACAGACGACGAAAUAGAAUAUUGUCGCCGAUAUUUGGUGAAGUUUGACAAGAAGGCACGCGUUUCUCAGCAUUAUCAGGAGGAGGAGGAGGAAGACGACCCUAUUUCUGAUCAUUAUGACCCCCCAAAGAAUCCAGACGAAGAAUGGGUGGAGUACGUGGAUUGUUUGGGGCGAACGCGGACGUGCCUCCGCAAAGACUUGGAUUAUUUAAAAUCGAAAGACAAAGACUUGAAAUUGAUAGUUGAAAAGCGCCGAAAUCGUGACAAAAGCAGAAGCAGAAGUCGCAGCAGAAGUAGGACUAGAUAUCGGAGUAGAAGCAGAAGUAGAAGUAGGCCCAGAGAACGUUCACCGUCCCCUGAAAAGGGCGACAAAUCACCAGAACUCACUGAAGAAAAUGAACUGCUUUCUUCCGACAUGCGGCGCGAGAUUUUGCGCCGACAGUGGGAAAAAGAAGAGGAAGAAAUCAGGAACAAGUCAGAUGUGCACUACCAAGAUCUUCUCUUCAACGAGGCUCGCACGCAUGGUGUUGGUUACUACGGCUUUUCCAAGGACGAAGAAACUCGAGCCAAGCAACAGGAAGCUUUGAAGAAGCUCAGAGAAGAAACGCGAGAAAAGCAGAAGAAAUCUGAGAAUUUGCGCGCGAUGAGAGAGAAACAAAUCGCAGCGCGAGUCAGAGCUGCGAUGAACAGAAAACGACAGAGGAUGGGUUUGCCGCCUUUGGAAGACGAACCUGAGCCACCCCCAACCCCUGUUGAAGAAACCCCACAAAAAGUGGACGAAGAAACGAGCGAAAAAGAGAAGAAACUUGAGGAGAAACGAAAGAAACACGUCAGACCAUGGGAUUUGGGGAAAGAAGGGGUGAAGGAACAUUACGAGUACAGUCAAGAGGAAUGGGUUGAUAAAAAACGGAAAGAGCGUCCAAGUGAAUUCGCGCCCCCGAAAGAGUAUAGAAAGGAGCGCAAAAAAGAGAAGAGAUAUGACAGUGAUGAGGAAACUUCCAAAUUCGAGAUGAGACAAACGACCAAGAAAUCUAAACCAGUCCCCAUUGUGAACGAGUUAAGUGAUGACGAAAGUGAGACUUGUGGUAGGGGCAAGGGGGCCGAAGUGGCCCCACCGUCGAGUUACAACGACCCGAGAAGGGGGCGUAAACGUCCGGAAGCCCCCAACGUGAGUGAGUCGAUUGAAGCCGGCUUGAAAUUUCUACGAGAACAGAUGGAAAAGAAGCAAACUAGUAGUCGCAGAUCUGAGGAUAUUUUCCUUUCGUGAAAUAAAACUACUUGUUUGUAA